AUGGCUGCCACCACAGAUGGCGCCGCUCACCAAACCUCAGCGAAAACCUCUUCCCAGGAAUCUUUGCACGAAUUCUCAGACCAUUACAACAUGGAUGACAUCGAGGACUGUCUCGACGAUGGCGUGGGGGACGAUGCAAUGCGGCGGGGCCAUACUAAAAAUGACCAAAAGGAUAUGAACCUUGUAUGCCGGGAACCAAACUCAUGGAUUGGGGCUAAUAUCAAUUGGAAUUUUGCAAGAUCUAACACUGAAGGGCUUACGAAUGGUGGCCUCGCCGGACUAUUUUGGUCAUAUAUCUGGACAUUCGUUGGGUUUGGUUUCGUGAUCUUCUCGCUUGCGGAAAUGGCCUCUAUGGCGCCAAUUUCUGGAGGACAAUACCAUUGGGUGUCUGAAUUUGCAUCAGAGAAACAUCAAAAGUUCCUGAGUUAUGUCACUGGAUGGUUGUCGGUGCUAGCAUGGCAGGCUGGUGCAGCAUCUGGAUCGUUUCUCACGGGAAACAUCAUUGAAGGCCUUAUAACUGUCAAUAAACCAGAUUAUGUAUCUACUCCUUGGAGGGGUACUCUACUUGUCUUUGCAAUGGUGGCUUUGAUAUUUUUCUUCAACAUAUGGGUGGCUCAAGGCCUGCCCAUGAUCCAGAAUAUGCUUCUUGUUGUCCAUAUCUUCGGUUUCCUUGCGGUCGUGGUUGUUUUAUGGGUCAUGGCUCCCCAUCAACCUGCUAGGGCGGUAUUUACGGAAUUUCGAAAUGGCGGAAGCUGGCCAAGUAUAGGAGUCAGCGUCAUGGUCGGGCAGAUUUCAGCCAUCUACGGAGGCCUGAGCGUUGAUGCAACCGCACACAUGGCUGAAGAAGUCAAGGACGCUGGGAGGAAUGUACCGAACGCGAUUGCUUGGGGAUACGUCGCGAAUGGAAUCCUAGCCAUCAUAUUUAUCGUCACCUAUGUCUUCUCCAUUCCGUCUGUAGACGACGCUCUGAACGACCCUUCAACAUUCCCCUUUAUCUACGUAUUCCGCAAUGCUGUGUCCACGAAGGGAGUUAACGCACUUACCAUUGUCAUCCUUGUAUUAGUAAUUGCAAGCAAUGUCUCAUUUAAUGCUUCCACAUCCCGGCAAACGUUCUCUUUCGCUCGCGACAAAGGCCUGCCGUUUUCCCGCUGGCUAUCUGACGUCCAUCCAACGAAACACAUCCCGGCCAACGCCAUAUUUGUCUCCUGUCUGAUCAGCGUACUUCUUUCGCUCAUUAAUCUGGGAUCAAGCGCCGCAUUCCAUGCCAUUAUAUCACUUAAUGUUGCUGCGCUCAUGGCGACAUACGCUGUCUCAAUUAGCUGUGUGCUCUACCUCCGUCUCACACGCCCCGAUCUGCUGCCUGAUGCGCGCUGGAGCCUGGGACCCGUAAUUGGUCCGAUUGUUAAUGGUCUUGGUCUCGCAUAUGUUCUGUUCGCCCUGUUCUGGUCAUUCUGGCCUGGAGAUCGACAUGUCACUGUGGACAAUUUCAAUUGGAGCAUAGUCAUAUUCAGCGGGGUGGUUGCUAUUAGUCUGGUAAUGUACUAUGUGCAAGGCCGGAAGACCUACACUGGUCCGGUUACCACGGUGGCAGGGAGACAUUGA